AUGGAUCACCUCCUAGCGGAGCUGCGCACCAUGACCGCGGUGUCUCGUCACACUGCCAUACAUCAUGUAAGCCCCGACUGGCGUGAGGCGGCGGCGGAAGUGGCGACGGCGUGCGCCAAGUACGAAACGUACGUGUUUCAGGCUGCCGAUGGGGACUUGCUGGCCAAGCUAGACCUCACGUCACAGCGCUUGGCGACCCAGAUGAAAACAUUGCUCCUACAACAGCAGCAGCAACAGCAGCAGCCACAACAGCAGCAACAACAGCAGCAGCCACAGCAGCAGCAGCAGCAGGCGAUGAUGAACCUGCGGCUGCAGAUGCGGCUGUGUGAGCUGCUGCGGCGGUCGCUGUUGCGAGGCGGCGCGGGUUUGGAGGAUGGGGAGGAUGAGGGCGGCGGCGCUGCGCUGAGCCGGCUGUACGCUGUGCGGACAGCUCCCAGCAACUUACAAUUGAAGCUCACCCGCAUGCUGACGGCCGAACGCGAUGCGGCGGCGGCAGUGGACGCCGCCGUACUGUACGGCCCCGGACCGGAGCCCCUCGCGUUGCCGCUGGCCCAGCUGUGCGAAGCGCUGCAGGCAGGGCGCCGCCUCCGCAGCCCUGACCACUGCCACGGCAGCUCGGAGCUGCACUCGGAGCCGUACGACGAGCUGCUAUACCAGGACCCACUAUUGGGCCCAAUGCUCACCGCCGCGGCGGCGGCGGGCGUUCCGCGUGCCGUACGUGCUGCCGUGUACGAGGCGGGGUUCCUGCCGCGGCUGGCGGCAGCGCUGCAGCGGCUGGGCGAGCUGGCGGUUGUACGGCAGCGGCUGGCGGCGCUGCAGGGCUAUUGCUCCUUUGUGGAUCUCAGCUACAGCCGGGCGGGCCUGGCUGUAGCUGAUGGAGAGGCGGUGUUGGCGUUACUGCAGGACACGGCAGAGGUCCUCAGCCGGGAAGCUGAGGAAGAGGUUCAGCAGCUUCGAGAAGCCUUAGGAGCGGAGGCGCAGAGGGAAGGGGGGAAGGAGGGGGAGAAGAGGGGGGAGGGUGCGGAGGGCGGUGAGGAGGGGGGAAGGGACACUGUGGGAGGGGGACCCCAAGGUCAAGAGGAUAGCCAGGACAAACUGAACCGCAAAGGCAACAGCAACAGCAGCAGCCGUAACAGCAGCGACGGCGGCGUAACCGGCGACAGUGGACAGGGCGUGCGCGACAGCAGCUUCGCGGGCGGCUGCUAUUCCGGCGGCAGCGUUCCGCAGCGCCGCGACGUCCCCACAGCCGCGGACGGGUGGCCCCUGCCGGACCUGGCCCCCUGGGAUGUGGACUACGCACGGGAGCUGCUGAUGAGGCGGCGUGGAUUGCCCCCAGACCCGUCGGAGCUGGAGCCGUACAUGCACCUGUAUGCCGUACUGUACGGCUUAAGUGAGGAGCUCUCCGAUUUGAUGCACGUGCGAAUAAAAGUCGCUGAGGACGUGGAUGCGUUGAAUGAUGCAGACGUGGCUGAGGGAGUGGGGUGGCACUCAUCACCCGUACUAGCACCCGAGCUGUGGGACCCACGGGUCGUUCGCGUGACCGUUUGGUCGGAACGCGGUCUGGUGGGCGUCGUAUACCUGCAUCCAGGAUCCGGGUACGGCACGCGGCAAUUGCGAUUUCCAGCCGGGGCCAGCAACGGUGACCCCGACAGUACUGGUGGUUCCGGAGCUUUGCCGUACAACGCCGACCACGAGUCAUCGGUAGCCGCAGUUGCCAUCGGGCUGCAAGCGGAAUGGCGCAACGGCCGUACAGGUAGCCCGGCGGCGCUACACGAGCUCCUACACGAAAUGGGCCACGCGCUGCACCUGCUGCUCUCCGCCGCGGCGCCUAGGCCUGUUGAUGGCGGCGGCGGCGGCGAUGCUGGCGGCGGUAGGACACUGAUGCACUUCAGCGGCAUACACCUGCCGCUGGACGUCUUGGAAGUGCCCUCAUCGCUGCUGCAGACGCUGGCGUACGACCCGGCGGUCCUGGCGCGCAUUUGCCGCCGCCGCCGCCGGGGUUGCGGCCGCCGCCACGUUUCAGCUUCCGGCGUUGGUUGCCCGCCCAUGGUGGGGGCGGUGAAGGAGCCAGACACUGAGGAUGACGAGGCAGCGGCGGCGGCGGAGGAGGAGGAGGAGAAGGAAGUGGAAGAGGAGGAGCACAUGCCUGCGGCGCUGUGCAACCUUGUGGCUGUGUACCUGGCGGCAGAGAACUGCAGCGCCGUGACCACCCUGAGCAAGGUGUUGGUCAGCUUGGUGGAUCAGGUACUACAUGCCGACGGCGGCGAUGCGGCGUCGGCGGCGUCGGCAGCGACGCAGCAGUACGGCACGCAGAAACAACGGGGUGUUGAUGUCGGGCUGGUGUGGCAGGCGGUACGGCAGGCGUACGGCGUCGUACCUAACUGCCCCGGCAGCUUGAAAGAGCUGGCGAUGCUUCCCCCACUGGCACACCACCAGGCCACCUUCCACACAUACCUCAUCGGCCUCCUGGCGGCGAGCGCGUUGCGCCAAGCUCCCCACCCAUUCCGACCUGCCCCGGCGGACGCGACGGAGGCGGUGAUGGCGCCUCCGGGGCCUCCGCCCUGGGCUGGAGUCCGUGAGCUCGUGUUCGAGGCAGGUGGAUGCGAUGAGCCCGGACAUCUUUUGGCGCGUAUGCUGGCGGGUGUCCCGCCCCGUCGCAAGUGCCAGUCAUCAGCGUCCGCGGGGAACGGCGUGUUCCCCCUCGGGAUGGCUCCAAGGGAAGUAGCGCCGCUGCUGUGCACGCUGGCGGGGCUGGCGCGGGGCUUUGCUGGCGCGGGUUCGGGGGGAGUUGACGACGAGUAUGAGGCUGGAGAUGGUGGGGAUUAG